AUGAAUCAACGAACAGCUGCUGCAGUUCGAACACCAGCCGGAUGUACAACACCGUUUGAAGUGGUAACUGGAGUAAGACAAGGGGCAGUGGCAGGACCUUUCCUGUUCAAUUUCGCAGUCGACGACAUUAUGCGAAGAACAAUCGACAAGUGUCCUGCCGACAUUGUCUUAGCACCAUCAGGGUGCUCCUUGACUGAUCUCGAGUAG